UUUUUAUCUUUUUCGUUUUUUUUUUUAAAUUUCGAAAUAAAACCAUCUUUCGAAUGUAGCGCAAACAUCACUCUGUUGUUUUUGUGUAGAUUGUCAAUAUCUUAUGACAUUCAACAUAACCUCUUUCAAUCUUUUUGUUUUGGAAAUGAGAAGUUAGCUCGAACUUACGAGAUCAAAAGGUUUCCGCUGUUUUAGAAAUAUGCAGGGUCUGCAACGAAUUGUGUUUCAAAACACAAAAUGCUUAAGUGAUCUGCGACACUAUUGUUACAAGCCGAUCAAAAGACCGACAUUGAAUAGGCCGGAUAAAAGUGAGUUUGUAACCAAGGCUAGCAUCGAAAAGAACGUUUCACUUUCAAAAGUGUUGAAGACGCGUAUUUCAGCGGCCGGCCCCAUUUCCGUGGCUGAAUAUAUGAAGCAUGUAUUGACAAAUCCAAACAGUGGAUACUAUAUGCUAAAAGAUGUAUUUGGUGAAAAAGGAGAUUUCAUAACAUCACCCGAAAUCAGUCAAAUAUUUGCUGAGCUUGUAGCAAUUUGGUGUUUGUCAGAGUGGCAAAAGUGUGGAUCACCAGGUCCUUUGCAAAUUGUUGAACUUGGGCCGGGUCGAGGAACAUUAUCACAAGACAUACUCCGAGUGUUUGCUAAAUUUGGCCUAUCAAAUCAGUUUUCAUUGCAUCUCGUUGAAAUUAGCCCGUACUUGAGUGAAUUACAAGCGAAACGUCUUUGUUGCCAAAGUGCUGAGACAAAAAAAGAAGACCUCGAUUCUGUGCCGUAUUAUCGCAAAGGUGAAUCGGUGUCCGGAAUUAAAAUCUAUUGGUAUCGUGAACUUGAACAAGUUCCAAAGUCGUUUUCUAUUUAUUUGGCACAUGAGUUCUUCGAUGCGCUUCCUGUGCAUCAGUUUCAACGAAAUGACGACAAAUGGCGCGAAAUUUUGGUAGACGUUGAUAAAACAAAGGAGAACAGUUUUCAAUUUGUAUCGUCGAAUGUGGUGACGCCGAUGUUGAGUGUGUUUUUAAGUCGUCCGUGGAUUGAUAAAAACUCUCUUCCACGACAUGUCGAAUAUUCAGCGGACACUGAGAGAACUGUUGACAUUAUGGCCGGUCGCAUUGAAGAAUGUGGAGGAAUUGGCUUGAUCAUUGACUAUGGCCAUUCCGGUGAAAAGGGUGAUACAUUCAGAGCCUUCAAGAAUCACAAAUUGCAUGAUCCCCUAUUGGAGCCAGGCUCUGCUGAUUUAACGGCUGACGUGAAUUUUGCCCACAUCAAAUCGGUUGCGGAACAAAAUGAACGCGUCAUAACAUUCGGUCCAAUUGAGCAGAGCGACUUUCUCCAUCGAAUGGGAGGUGAGGCGCGACUUGCAACUCUUAUGGAGAAAGCGGCAUCACCAGAAGAUGCGGAUUCGCUCAAGUCUGGCUACAACAUGUUAACUGAACCCACAAAAAUGGGUUCACGGUUUAAAUUCUUUGCUAUGUUUCCGAAAGUCUUGGAAAAUCAUUUGAGUAAAUUUCCAGCUAACGGAUUUUUUGAUACGAAUCUGAAAAUUAACUGAAAUGUCUAGUCGUUAAUCUGUUGUAAUAAGUUUAUUGUUUAAAAAUCGAAAGUUUGAUAAAAUAAAUGAAUUUGAAAAGUUG